UUUAUUCUAAUGAUGUGAGCAUUUUCUGUGGAGAUUAAUUAGCCAUAAUGUUGCAAAUAGUAUUACACGUGAAAUAUGCACAAUAAACCAAAAAUUAUUUGACCGACCUAUGUUCUGAAGUAAAAUAUUUACAGUAAUGAGAUUUCAAUUAUCCUUUGUUAUGGCAGGCCAUUCUCUACACUCUUCUUUAUUGAUAGGAGACGCAUUGUUUCAGCAUUUUAGCUCAAUUUAUUUUCUCCCAUUUGCAUUUUCUUAUGCACAGAAAAUGAGAGAUGAUUGUUACCUUCUUCACUUUGCACUCAAUUUACAUCAGUAACACAUUACCUCAUCCAAACUCAUUUAUCUGCCACAGAAAUUUGAUAACAAAAGCUACUGUCAGUGAUGAAUAAAGAUCAUUUCAAGUGGAGCAAGAGGAAACAAGAUGAAUUAUUGGUUUGGGGACCUUUUGUUUACUCAAGGAAAGAAAAAUACAGGAUUUUUUUUCUACCUAGGCAGCACAGAUCUCACAAAGCUGUAGCUCAAAUUCAGCAUCUCCUAUUCACCUACAGCUGACACUCCUUUCUGCAUACAAAAGUAACUCCAUGCAACCACAAAUGUCCCUCACAUUUGCUGCACAAAGGAACAUUUCUACAUUUUUGGACUGAUGGCACAGAAUUGAUGUUUCACAAGCUCAAGCAAACACUCACAACUACCCAAGGGUUGCUGUAGCCUCAAAGCAACUGAUAGCUCUCCAGCCCGCGAGAUACAGCACAUCCAGCACAGCACACUGCUUCCCAUCAAAGCAGCCAGCCUGGCUGGGAGCGCUCGUGGUGCUGUGAAACGCACCAUGGGAUUCUCUUGCACUGACAAUAGCACAAUAUCCAUCUUGCUUUGCUGGGAACUAGCGAGAGCUGCCAGCUCCUCUUGCAGCCCUGACGCUUUAAAAAGCUGCCAGAGCCUGCUAGCCUCCAUCGUGCACGGGUGCAAUGCUGGACAUCAGUUCUACACUGUGCACGGGACAAGCUGCAGUUGGGAAGCAGGUUUUGAGGAGCAGGUCAUUGGCAUAAAGCCCACAAGCCCUCCCCAGAGCUGAGUGAUGUCAGCUCGCUUUCCCUAUGACUCCACAAGGAAAGAGAGGAGGGGGGAGGCUUGUGUGCAUUCGUUUUGACCUUUCCAGCAAUGAAUGCUUCAUUUUUUUACAGUAUCCAAUAUUUUCCCAAAAGAAAUUCCUCACCUUGAAAUAGUUCUUCACAUUAAGGGAAAGUCAGAAGGGAAGAAACGGUUCUUAAGAGUUAUAAGUAAUCCACCAUUAAAUGUUAAAGGUUUUGGAUGGAAACCUUAUUUUUGGUCAGUUUGAAGCAGGAGCAGCCGGUGAACCUGCAGCCAGAAGUCUGCUCACUCUCCCUGCGCCAGUGACAGCACUUGUAGGGUCAUCUCCAAGUGAAUCUGUGCUGGCUUUUUUGGAAACGCGUGCUCCGCUGAAGGUUUUCCAAGUGCUACCAUGGAUUUUAUGUGGCAAAUAUCAUCUGGACAGGAACGGGAAAUCCAGUGCUUCCAAGAGGUUACUGGGGCUGGGUUAAUGUAUUCUUGUGCCUUGCUCAACCUCCAAACCUGGCAGCAACAUCCUACAGGGCAGGAGAUGACACCGAAGGCUGCAGCUACCUAAUAGGUUUCUUGAGCAUGGAUGUACCCCCUAGAGUAACACCCAUGCAGCCAUUUCAGGGCUCAGCAAUGGCACAUCUGGGGACCUUAAAUUAAAGGGUUACCCAGAGCAAAUAAACAGGAGUUUGCACUUUGGAACUAUUGACUGAGCUCCACCACCUGAACAAUUUGUUCCCAGGUUUGGGCAGUGGGAGGAAGAUGGCAAAAAUCCCCCUCAUACUCUCCUUUUGUCUUCUGGAAGCUUUCCUUGGUGCCGAAAGUACAGCCCGGCUUUCUUUUCCAAUUGCAGUCUUUAUCGAGAACAAAGAGGCGAACGCAGUUCUGAGCAGGACAAGGCGAGCCAAUUCAAACAGGCUGGAAGAGUUCAUUCCUGGGAACCUCGAGAGAGAAUGCAUAGAAGAAAAAUGCAGCUUUGAAGAAGCCCGAGAAGUGUUUGAGAACACAGAGAAAACGAUGGAAUUUUGGAAAAUAUACAUUGAUGGAGAUCAAUGCAACUCCAACCCAUGCAAAAACGGAGCCUCUUGCAAGGACGGAGUAAGCUCCUAUGAGUGCAUGUGCCCACCUGGGUACGGAGGCAGGAACUGCGAGAUAGACUCCACUUGUGCCUCGAAAAACGGGGGCUGCGAGCACUUCUGCAGGCACGACCCGCCGCACAAGGCUGUGUGCUCCUGCGCCAGCGGCUACAAGCUUCAUGAGGAUGGAAAGUCCUGUAAACCUGCAGUGCCAUAUCCCUGCGGGAGGAUCACGGCUCCCGAGAUGAGGGGAAAGGUCACCCGCACCGAAAACACCAUUGAGCGCUGGAACAUCACCGCCAACGACGAGGACGACGCUCACGACGAAGCGCUCGACAUCACCGAGCCGCCCCCCCCCACCGCCCCCGCCAAGAUUGUGCCGAUAACCAAGAACGACACCCGGGUGGUCGGGGGAUACGACAGCGUGAAGGGCCAGCUGCCCUGGCAGGUUCACCUGGUGGACAGCAGAGGUUUGGGCUUCUGCGGAGGGUCCAUUAUCAACGAGAAAUGGGUGGUGACAGCAGCGCACUGCCUGGAGCCAGGGGACAACGUCACGGCUGUGGCAGGUGAAUACAACACGAAGGAGGACGACCACACAGAGCAGCGGCGGCAGGUGGUUAAAAUCCUUCCUUACCCCACCUACAACCGCACCAGGAACAAGCACCACAACGACAUCGCCCUCCUGGAGCUGGACCAGCCGCUCACCUUCAACAGCUACGUCACCCCCAUCUGCAUCGGCAGCCGGGACUUCACCAACAACCUGCUGAGCAACGGGCCGGGCACGGUGAGCGGCUGGGGCAGCAUGCUGUACCGCGGCCGCUCCGCCAUCAUCCUGCAGGUGCUCACCGUGCCCUUCGUGGACCGGGUGACCUGCCUGAAGAGCACCUCCACCACCAUCCUGCAGAGCAUGUUCUGCGCCGGCUACACGGCUGGGGGGAAGGACACCUGCGGGGGGGACAGCGGCGGGCCCUACACCAACAGCAUUGGGGAAACCUGGUUUCUGACCGGGGUCACCAGCUGGGGCGAGGAGUGCGCCAAGCCGGGCAAGUACGGCAUCUACACCAAGGUUGCCAAGUACGUGAAGUGGAUCAAGGAAAGCACGAGGCUCACCUAACUGAGGCGACGUGAUGCUAGAUGGACUGGCUAGGGGGAGGCCGCAGAAACUGCCUCAGAAAUCACUGUUUUAAUAAUCAUUUCUGUAUGAACUAAUUUCUGCUCUUGGAAGAGAACCCAGUGUAAAUGUGGCAAUACGGAAAUAAAAAGCCAUUCUAAUUACCCGUGACUGCACUCCUGCAUGCACCAGCACGGGGUAUGUCCCCAAACCCCCACGUGCCCAUGGCUGCCCACCACAACCCCCUUCCCCACACCAGCACCAUGGGAGGGCAUGGUCCCCAUGCAGCGCCGAGGUGCCUCUCCCAUCUCACUGCCACCACAUCCAGCAAGAGGCCGAUGGGAUCCUCUGUCACCGCUCAUUUUAAAAUCAAAACGUGUGUGUGUGUGAAUG